CCAUUUUCAUCGCUCUGUGUGUCCCUCUUUGUCUUUCCUCUGCCUCUGCUUUAUCUAUUUCUCUUCCAUCAUAUCAGGGUCCUCCUCUUCCCACGAUCACAUAACCAAAACACCAGCAGCACCAGGAACAAUAAGAAGAAGAAGAAAAAAAAAGGGUCUUUGAUUGGUGAAUGAUCAGCGAUGGGGCUCUUACAGGAGAAGCUGUCCUUGUUCUAUAAGAGCCGGUGGCUUGUGUUCGUUGCCGCAAUGUGGUUGCAGUCAUGGGCGGGUAUCGGCUACCUCUUCGGGAGCAUAUCGCCGGUAAUCAAGAGCUCCCUCGGUUACAACCAGAAGCAGCUCGCCAUGUUGGGUGUCGCCAAGGACCUCGGCGACGCUGUUGGCUUCGUGACGGGGCUGCUCUGUGAGUUGUUACCUAUCUGGGGUGCUCUUCUUGUUGGUGCUGCUUUGAAUCUCAUCGGUUAUGGCUGGGUCUGGUUGAUUGUAACUGCUCAAGUUCCAGUUUUGCCUUUGUGGGCUAUGUGUGUUCUUAUCUUUGUGGGAACAAAUGGUGAAACCUACUUCAACACAGUUUCUCUAGUGUCUUGUGUACAAAAUUUCCCCAAAAGCCGGGGUCCUGUGGUGGGAAUUCUAAAGGGCUUUGCAGGGUUGAGUGGUGCAAUCUUGACACAGAUAUAUGUAUUAUUCCAUUCCCCUGAUCACGCAUCAUUAAUAUUUAUGGUUGCUGUUGGUCCUGCAUUGGUAGGAAUAGGUCUUAUGUUCCUUGUUAGGCCUGUUGGGGGUCACAAACAAGUCCGGCCAACAGAUGGAAAAUGCUUCACAUUUGUGUAUGGUGUGUGCCUUCUCUUGGCUGUUUAUUUGUUGGGAGUUAUGGUUGUCCAAGAUCUAGUUCCAGUGAGUGAAACUGUAGUAUCUGUAUUCACAAUUAUUCUCUUGCUGAUCCUUGUUAUCCCAAUUGUUAUUCCCAUUAUGUUGAGUUUUGGCCCUGAGCCAAGAAAUCCAGAUGAAGAGUUCCUUCUUCCAGAACCACAUAAUAAAGAACCAGGGAAGUCUCAGUUGGAUUCUGAUGAAGUAAUAUUGAGUGAGUUGGAAGAUGAGAAGCCUAAGGAAGUGGACAUGCUCCCUGCAUCAGAGAGGCAAAAACGUAUAGCACACUUACAACAAAGACUGCUCCAAGCAGCUGCAGAAGGAGCAGUGAGGGUUAAGAGGAGGAGGGGACCACACAGAGGGGAAGAUUUCACCUUGACACAAGCAUUAAUCAAAGCAGACUUUUGGCUUCUUUUCAUUUCCAUGAUCAUGGGUUCCGGAUCUGGGUUGACUGUAAUUGACAAUCUGGGUCAGAUGAGUCAAUCUCUAGGAUAUGACAAUGCACAUAUAUUUGUCUCCAUGGUCAGUAUUUGGAACUUCCUUGGCCGUGUUGGAGGAGGUUACAUAUCUGAGCUUGUUGUGAGAGAUUAUGCAUAUCCAAGACCAAUUGCAUUGGCUGUAUUUCAACUCAUUAUGACUGUUGGACAUCUUUUCAUUGGUAUGGGAUGGCCAGGGGCAAUGUAUGUUGGCACGCUACUGGUUGGACUUGGUUACGGGGCUCAUUGGGCAAUUGUUCCAGCCACUGCCUCAGAGUUGUUUGGUCUCAGAAACUUUGGUGCACUGUACAAUUUCAUCACUCUGGCAAACCCUGCAGGAACACUGGUCUUCUCUAGUCUCAUUGCCAGCACCAUCUACGAUUCUGAAGCAGAGAAACAACACCCCCAAAGUAUGGGAUCACUGUUGUUGCAUUUGCCAAAUGCUGCUGCUGAGUCUCUCAAGUGUGAAGGAAGCGUAUGCUUUUUCCUAACUUCCAUGAUCAUGGCAGUAUUAUGCGUUGUUGCAGCAGGGCUAUGCACGGUUCUAGUGUUAAGAACAAGGAUUGUUUAUGCCAACCUAUAUGGAAAAACUUCUUCUAGUAGACUUCGAUUAUGAGAGAGUUUGGACUGUGUAUUUUGGUGUCCUAUAUUUUUGAAGUUACUGUUGCCGAUUUUACUUCAAGAAAGAUUGAAAAGAAGCUGAAGCAAUCAUUUUGAUUUGAAGCUGUCUCCGGUGUGGAAAGCCAAAGAAGGGAUAAUUUUACCCAAAACAAAGGAGAAAAAACUAAGUGUGUUGUCCGAUUCCUGCUACCACAUGGCUUUGUGCAUUCUGUUCCAUUUUUGUUGUGUUAUAAUAUUCUUUCCUUUUUCAAGUAAAAGUUUGAUUGGCAUUAAAAUUUGACA